UGUUGUGUGAAGCUGGUCGCUUUUCAAAAUGGCGGCGCCCACAGCAGAUAGCGGCACAUGCGAGUGUAAAUCCGACAUGGUGCCUGUUAAAGCGGUUUCCUCGGCUUUGCCUCUUGCUCUUCGGAUUGUAGCGGAGUGUCCGGUGAGCAAGGCGCGGGCGUGUGUGCUUACUCUUCCUCACGGCAACGUUAACACGCCGGUAUUCAUGCCGGUGGGCACGCAGGGCACCAUGAAGGGAAUCACCGCGGAUCAGCUGGAACAGUUGGACUGUCAAAUCUGUCUCGGAAACACGUAUCACUUGGGUAUGAGGCCGGGUCCUGAGCUGAUCGAGAAAGCCAAUGGCCUGCACGGAUUUAUGAACUGGAAAAGAAACCUCCUGACGGACAGCGGAGGUUUUCAGAUGGUGUCUCUGGUGGAGCUGUCCAAGGUGACGGAAGAGGGAGUUCUGUUCCGGUCACCCUACGACGGAAAGGAGAUCCUGCUCACCCCCGAGCAGUCCAUCGGCAUACAGAACAGCCUCGGCUCAGACAUCAUGAUGCAGCUGGACGACGUGGUCAGUAGCACAGUGACUGGACCAAGGGUGGAGGAAGCUAUGCAUCGCUCUGUGCGCUGGCUGGACCGCUGCAUCGCCGCCAAUCAAAACCCACACCGACAAAACCUGUUUGCCAUCAUUCAGGGGGGCCUGAACGCCGAGCUGCGCAGGGCGUGUUUGGACGAGAUGACGAAGAGGGACGUGCCCGGCUUUGCUAUCGGUGGUCUGAGUGGUGGAGAAGAGAAGGACGACUUCUGGAAGAUGGUGACCCUCAGCACUGACCACCUGCCCAGAGAGAAGCCUCGCUACCUAAUGGGAGUCGGCUACGCCGUGGACCUGGUGGUGUGUGUGGCUCUGGGCUGCGACAUGUUCGACUGCGUUUUCCCGACUCGCACAGCUAGGUUCGGCUCGGCGCUGGUCCCCUGGGGCUCCCUGCAGAUCAAACAGAAACAGUACGCCAAGGAUCUCCAGCCCAUCGACCCCGAGUGUCAGUGUCCCACCUGCAGGAGACACAGUCGAGCGUAUCUACACGCACUGUUUAAGAGCGACACCGCCGCCAUGCACCACAUCACCAUCCACAACAUCUCCUACCAGCUGACUCUGAUGCGUUCGGUGAGGCAGAGCAUCAUCGAGCAGCGCUUCCCGGAGUUUGUGCGAAGCUUCAUGAAGAGGAUGUUCCCCCGUGACCAACCGUAUCCCAGCUGGGCUGUGGACGCUCUCACGUCCGUCAACAUCACACUGGACCGAUGAGUUCUUCAGGACGAUGUGGUAGCUUAGUGGUUAACAUGCUGGAUUACUGACCAGAAGGUAUGGGGGGGGUUUGAAUCCCAGGUCCACCAAGCUGCCACUGCUGGGCCCCUGAGCAAGGCCCUUAACCCUCGAUUGUAUCUGGACAAUCUGGACGAUGGUCAGUUUGCAUUUUUUGUUGUAAUGCAAAUUUUCACGCUUCUCUCUUUUAAUGCGCAUGUUUUUAGCUGACUUUUUUUUUUUUUUUUUUUUUAAAUACAGAUGUUCACUCUGGUCCAGUUUCAGUGACCUCAAGCUUUCAAACACUUGAGAACACUGUUUUUAACCAGUGUACUCAGCACUGAGAAAAUCUUUUCUAUUAUUCUCUGUGCUCUAUUUAUUUUCACAAAACAGAACUUUUUUAUCUCUCAUAUAGCAGUCAAGAUCUUUAUCUUCUUUUCUUAUCCUCUUCUUCCAUUACAUUAAAUAUAGAUCAUGUGUGUGUUAGGAGAAAGUUUCUAAUAUCUAACAUUAUACACCGAUCAGCCGUAACAUUAUGACCAGUAAGAGGUGACGUGAAUAAGGCUGAGUUGUAUCAGGCAGCUAGUCAACAUUUUGUCCUCAAAGUUGAUGUUAGAAGCAGGAAAAAUGGACAAGCGUAAGGAUUUGAGCUUUGAGUUUGAUGAAGGGCCAAAUUGUGAUGGCUAGACCACUGGAUCAGAACAUCUCCAAAACUGCAGGUCUUGUGGGGUGUUCCCGGUCUGCAGUGGUCAGUAUCUAUCAAAAGUAUCCAUUAAGUCCUGUAAGUUGCAAGACUUAAAGGAUCUGCUGCUAACAUCUUGGUGCCAGAUACCACAGCACACCUUCAGGGAUCUAGUGGAGUCCAGGCCUCGACGGGUCAGGGGCUGUUUUGGUAGCAAAAGCGGGACCAACACAAUAAUAGGCAGGUGGUCAUAAUGUUAUGUCUGAUCAGUGUAUAAUUACAUUAUUUAGUAGUCACAGUUAUAUUUAAACUCUCUUUACAGCUCCUCUUGAAUCGCAGGUUGAACCUGAGGAGGAUUAAUGGUUUGUACACAUCAGAGCUGAUCUGGAGAAUCGGAUGAUUUAAUGCGCUGCUCUACCUGAAUUGUCCACUAGAGGGCAGCAUGGGGAACAGUGUCUGGGAUAAUGACUGUGUCCUCAACUACACCAGGCAAUAUUAUAUAAUAAGACACUGUAGUGUAAUAUAUUUUUCCUAUUCAUUAAUGUUUUUCUAACGUAUUAUAGUUCAUCAUUUUACAGUUUUUUAUUCUGUAUAAACAUCUUAUUUAACUUCAUACAGGAAAUCAGUAGAGUUCAGUGUUUUAUAUCUGAAUAAAUAAAGAAAUUGUGAAAUCA